AUGAGUACUAUUCUUCCAUUAUGUCGUGGUUUUCAAAGUCUCUUAGCUUCAAUUGAUGCUUAUCAAGCUGCCUGGGAUGGAAAAAAAGACAUUGUUGAAAAAUUUAUUAAAAAUUAUCCAACUCUAAAAGAUAAACCUGGACUUUGGGGUACAACACUUUUAUAUUCAGCAGCAAGAAAUGGCCAUAUGAAUGUAGUAAUAUAUCUUGUUGAAAAGGCAAAAUGUUCUGUUAAUGCACAAAAUGAACAACAUCUUGAAAAAAUCUUAUCAAUUGAUACGAAAAGUACUAGUUAUGAAGUUAGAUCAAGAGCAGCAUCAACUGCACUUCAUGGAGCAUGUUUUAAUGGACAUUUAGAAGUUGUUAAAUAUUUAGUUGAACAUGGAGCGGAUUAUUUUAUAAAAAAUCAAGCUUCAGAAACACCACUUUUUAAUAUAGGAGAUCAUGAUGAGAUAAAAAAAUACUUUCGAGAUUAUCUUAUAUUAGGUUAUUCAACAAUUGAACGUGAUCUACCAGAUAAACCUAUAUUCGAAGAAACUACACGAAAAGUAGAUUGUAUUUGGGAAUAUAAAUCACUCAAUGAUCAAGAAUGGUCUGCAUUUUCAUCUAAUGAGUCACAAGUAUUACAAAAAUCUUUAAUAAUAAAAUCCGGUCAAGAAUUUGAAUAUGAAAUUCAUUUAAAAAAAUCCAACGAUAUGUAUAGUAUUUCAAUGAUCAAAUUUCUGUCUUUAAAUACAAAUCUUGAUAAAAAUAAUUUAGCUUGGAUUCGAUGUCGUGGUUCGUCAAUUUUAAAUUUCGAUUGCUUUUCUUUAUGGCAAAUUAUGUUUUUAACACAUCCAAAAGUUAAAUUAGAUUCAAUACCAUCUUUAGAUGUUUCGAAUAUACCAACAGUAGAUGAUCCAACAUUUGAAAUAGAACUUCAAUCUUGGUAUAAUUGUGAUCUGAAUACAAAUUCACGAUUAGAUCAUGCAAUGGAUUAUCGUCAAAAGAAGAUUGAUUUAAGUUUAGAUUUUAUUGAUGAUAAAAAUUUAAUAUUCGAUCUUCAAAAAUUUUCAUUUAAAAAUCAAAAAGGUACUAUUACUGGUUUUAUUCGAUGGAUACCAAAAUUAGUAUCAAAUAAUAAGGACCAUGAUGAUAAAUCAAAAACAAUAGAUAAUUUUGCAGCUAUGACAAAUUUAAAUCCAAUACCUCUCACAAGAAAAUAUCUUCAACAAAUAACUAAUACAACUGAUGAUAGUUUAACUAAAGAUGAUGAAUUAUAUGGAGAUGGAAAUGAUGAUGAUGCUGAUGAUGAUGAUGCAGUAUCAUUAAGUUUUGAAAAUGAUGUUGAUGAGGAUGAUGAUGAUAAUGACGAUGAUAAAAAUCAUGAUGUCUUAUCAAAGUCAAAUAAGACAAAUGAAGCAUCUGAUGAUUCCACAUGGUGUGUCAAUGAUGAUGAAAGUGAUAGCGAUGAAUCUUCAUUAUCUAUUACUAGUCAUGGUGGAGCAGAAGAUAGACUAGAUUCAAAAUUCUCUACAAUGAAAUUAGAUACGUCUGAUGAUGUAGAUGAUGUUAAAAUUGAUGAUUAUCUUGAUCCUCAGAGUGAUACUUCUCAUCAAUCACUAUCAACAAAAAUACUGAAAGAUUCAGAAACAUCAGAGGAUGCUGAAGUAGCAAAAGCCCUAUUAGAAAGUUUACAAAAGGAAAUUGAAAAUUUGAAAAGUGCUCGUGACAAAGAAAAUGAAAAGAUCGCGUCACAAUUACAAUCAUCUGAAAAGAAAUCACAUGAACUCGAAGAAAAAUUAGCUCAAACUUGUAAAAGAGCUGACCGAUUGAAUGAAGAACUUCAAAAAUUAAAGAAAAAAGAAGAAAAAAUAAAAGAAAUAGCCAAUAAAAUUCAAACAGUCAAAUACAAGAAUAUUGAAAAAAGUAUUUUAUAUGACUUUAUAAUACCAAAACAAGAAUCAAUAAUUGAUCAUUUACAAAGAACAAUAGAAUUAGAUAAAUUUUUCAAUGAUAACAUACUCAAAAUGACAUUCAAAGAAAAUAAUAAUACAUUUGUAUUAACUAUAACUGGUAUGCAAGCUCAUCAUCAAGCUUUUAAAGAAAUCUUAAAAAGAGUAAUAACUUUAUCAACUAUAAAACAACGAGCUAUUGAAUUUUAUCAAAGAUAUCUUAGACGAAUAACAACAUCAAUAAAUAAAAUACUCUUUCGAGUUCAACCAAACACUAAAUAUUGGAAACAAUAUAGUCAAUUCUUAUAUGGAUUAUUAAAAGCAGAGAGUGCACAAUAUUUGGCAAAAUACAAAGACUUUAUUGGAUUCAAAACCUUAGAUUAUAGUGAAUUAUUUAUUCUAGGCGAUUCUCGAUCACCAUGGGUUGAAAUAAGAAAAGCAACAAAUUCAUUUAUGACUGAAAAUUUAUUUACAAAUGAAAUAAAACGAUUGAAACGUCAAGCAUUAGAUAAAUUUAUUGAACUAAAUAUUUCUUUUCAACGAAUAAAAAUUUCAAUAAAACCAACGAAAGAGUCAAUCAAAAUUCUCAAACAUUUUGUCGAAAAAAUUAAACAUAUUUUCGAAGAGAAUUCUAAAUAUAUUGGUUAUAAAUUAAAAAAUUUUCGUCAUGUUCCCCACUUAUUACAACGAUUAAUGGUUUAUUACUGUUGUUUUACCAUUCAAUUACCUUUAUAUAAAUCAUCAAUUAAAUUACUAGAACAAAUACAAAUGAAUACAGUCAUUACCAUAUCUACAUCGACUGGUUCAGGAAAAUCAUCCUUGCUACCAGCUUUAUUACUUGCUGAAGGAUAUGAUAAAGUAUUUGUAACACAACCUCGUCGUUUACCUUGCCGUUUAAUUUGUGAUCGUGCUAAUAAAACUAUGAUAACUGAUAAAAAUCCUAAUGCAGAAAAAAUAGCUGGAUGGGCUGUUAGUGGUGAUGGACAAAAUUCAAGAGCUAAAAUUCUUUAUUUAACAGAUGGAUUAUUGAAAGAACUUUUACUUAAUGAUGAAAAUUUUAUUACAAAUCAUACACUUGCUAAUAAAUCUAUUGUGAUUUUUGUCGACGAAGUUCAUGAAAGAUCUGUAAAUAUUGAUCUUUGUUUGGCAUUAAUAGCUCGUAUGUUAACUAAUAAUCGAGUAUUACUAUCAAAAAUCAAAGUUAUUAUUUCAUCUGCUACAUUACAUCCAUCUGUACCAAAACUUUUUCAAAAUAUAAAACAUGUUAAAUUUUCAGAAUUUACAGAUACAAAUAUGCCGGCACUACAUUCUGUAGAACGGUUUUCAAGACCAAAAGAAAAUAUAAUCAAUAUUGUAAAAGAAUUAUAUAAAGUUAAUCAAUGUUGUCGUUUAUUAGCUGAAGUAAGUCAAAAAACAAUUGUUGGUUAUCCAUUAGUUCAAUCUCAAUCAUCAUCUACUCAAAAAAAAUAUCUUCAAAAAGGAAGUGUUUUCUUUUCAACAACAGUUGCUGAAACUUCUUUAACAUUUCCAUCAUUAAAAUAUGUUGUUGAUACUGGUAUGAUUAAUGUUCCUAUUUUUGAUAUUGGAGAUCGAAGAAUGAUAUUGAAAGAAGUUCCUGCAGCUGAAUCAACAAUAAAACAACGUUAUGGACGUUUAGGACGAACACAACCUGGAGAAUAUUAUGCUUUGUAUGAUCCUGAACAUAAAAAGAAACAAUUUCCAAUACCACAAAUAUGUCAAUCAGAUUUAAUAAGUAUUGAAUUUUCAUUACGAAAAUCCCCAUUAAAAAAUGGAUUAGAUUAUUUAAAACAAUUUUUACCUGAACAACCAACAUCAGCAGCUAUUUAUUAUACUACACAAGAAUUAGUACGAAUGCAGAUUAUAAAGAAAAAUUCCAAUGAAUUCACAACCUAUGGUAAAUUACUUGCUAAAUUACCAGAUUUUGGCUCUUUACCUAUGACACGAUGUGUAUUAGCUGCUCUUCGAACGUAUACAUGUGGACGUGAUAUAAUUUGUCUUGCAUCUAUUUUAAGUGUUUUAAAUACAACAAAUUUAUUAAAACAAAUACCGCAACGUUUUAAAAGUUCUGAUGGUGAUUUUAUGACACUUUUAAAUGUAAUGAAUGAAAUUUUAUUAAUUAAACAAUCUGUUCGAAGACAAUUAUUUAAUUUAGAACGUGUCUGUGAAGCAAAAGGUCUUAGUCAUAUAAAACAUAUUAUUGGACAAGCAUUAAGUCGAUAUAAUACAUAUGAAAAAACAUUUGAUCUUUCAAAUGAUUAUCGUGAACAAGCUCAAAUUCAAUGUGGUAGUUGGGAAUUGAUAGCUCGAUCAUUAUUAGCUGGUUAUUCUGAUAAUGUUUUUGUUUCGAAAAAAGAUUUACAAGAUCGAACUCAUCAUUUUCUACGUUAUGGUAAUGGAAAUGAUAUAGCUGUUUUAGAUUUAAAAUCAACAUUAAUACAACCAUUAAGUCAACCACCUGCAUCACUUGUCAUAGCACGAAAUAUUCUUUAUUUAAGUUCGGUUCGUUUAGUAGCUAUAAUUUCAUUCUUAGGAAAAAUAAAAGCUGAUUGGAUUGAUCAUGAUGUUACACGAGAUAUAAAAUUAAAUGAAGUUGAAGAAAAGUUACUUAAAACUAAUAAUGGAUAUUCAACAGCAACAACACUCUUUUCAAAAAAUGUUCAAAUGAGAUUAAAUAAUACACUUCUUAGUUUAACUGGAAAAACUGGUGUUACACUCAAAACUGAAUUAUAUUUAUUACAACAAUUAAUUGUUCAACGACCAUUUUCUUUAGAAAAUAAUAAUAAUAAAGGUUCUACAGCAUAUAAAAAUUUAUCACAAAAUUUAUUUAGUGUUACGAAAAUGACACAAAUAUUUAAUCCAAUGAUUCGAAGAUGGGAAGCUGAAAAACAAGUUACAAUAACAGUAAAUAGUAAUACAGCUACUAAAACAUGUGAUAUAACAGUAAAAGGACGAAAUUCAGAAAUUAAAAAAGUUAAAGACGAAUUCAAUUCAUAUUUAGGUUGGUUACAAACAUGUGCUGUUGUUAGACAUCCGAAUUCAGGUGUUUCUCCACGUCUUCUUCGUUCUCAAGUGCGUGUUAAUUGUGAAGAUAUUGAAGAACGAAUUUCUCGUAUUACAGAUCCUAAACGAACAUAUAUCGAUUUAUAUAAUAAUGUGAAAGGUUCAAAAGCAACACGUGAAACACGAAUGGAAGUUGUUGCUUGGAUAGCUGUUUGUAAAUUCAAUUGUAAAUUAGAAGGUGGUUUUGUUCGAGAUUGGGUUGUUGGAAAAUAUAAGGCAACACCAGCUAAUAUUAAACUAAACGAUUGGAUUGAAUAUAAGCCAAAUCGUCAGGGUGUACGUAUUCCUUACAUGAUUAAACAAGUUGUUCCAGGUGAUUUAGACUGUCAUUUACCAACAUUCGGUUCAUUUGAUAUUGAAAAAUUUCAAGAUAAACUUCAUAAAUUUGAUAUAAAAUGCAAAUAUUAUCGGGAAGAAUGGAGAUAUAUUUUAUUAAUUGAUGAAAAUACUCAAACAGGACCAUUUACGAUAGAUCUAAUUGAACCACAUGUUGCAUUAACUCAUGAUCGUAUUGAUUUUGAUGUUAGUAAUUUAGUAUUAGAAAAAAAUUAUACACGUGACUUAGGAAUGCGUAUUGAUAUUCAACAAAAACCGUAUUCAAUUGAACUUGAAACAGUUGUUAAUAACAUUAAAAAUAAACAAUUUUAUGUUCUUCGUAGUAUUGACGAUAAACUUAAGGAACGUCUUGAAAAAAUGACAGAAAUUCGUCAUUGGAAACAAUUAGAACCAACAUUCAAUAUAUUACCAAAUCCACCUUGGAAAAGUAAUGCACUUCUUGUACCAUUACAUCAUACAAGUAUUACAUAUCAAGCUCUAUUAAAACAAAUGCAACUAAUCAAUUCUAGCAUACAAAUUAAAUCCAUUGAGGAAAUUAAAAAUCCAUAUUUAGAAGAGAUCUAUGAAGGUAUGAAAAAAGUCAUCAGUACAGAACGUCCAGGAUUUAAUCCAAAUGAACGUGAACUUUUUCAUGGUACAAGUGGUGAUGCAAUUCAGGGAAUCACAGAUUAUGGCUUUGAUGAUCGAUUUUAUAAUCUGAAUCAAGCUUGGGGUAGGUUUCAUCGUUUAGUUAUUAAUUUUUAUCAGAUAUUAAUAUAUUUAUUUAUAAUAAUCAAUGUUUAA